AGAAAUGCUUCUUUUUUGGUGGAUCAAAUCUCUAUACCACCACCUGAUGCACUGGCCUGGUUUAUCUCCGAUGAAUACGUCGCCAAAAAUAAUGAAAACGAUCCCUCGUUGAGACCUGAUAGCGAUGCCGGAGUGAUAGCCGAUAGCGAUGCUGAAACAACAGCCGAUAGCAAUUACGAGCCUGUCGCUAGGAUGAGCAACAAUCCACCCAAAAAAUAUAGAACAAGAACAAGGGCAAAAAAACCAACGUAUAGUUGGAUGUUGUUCAUUCAUCCCAAG